AGUAUAUCGUAAUCAACUAUAGUGACAACAAUACAGAUGAUUAGUUGUCCGCGUUCGUACGCGGGUGUUGGUGUGUCGACAUGACCAAAACAUGGAAGAUUCCAUCCAAAUGUAGUGACAACGAUGCAUAAUCAAUGCAUGCCUCUCUACUUGGUUAAUUUCAAUACACUUUAAGUUCAACCUCCAUUCACUUCGCCACCGGAUCUCAAACAUCUGCACCAUUAAUGGCUCCUGAGAAGGUAACCAUAAUGGUGCUGGAUGUUGACCUCAAGUGCUCCGACUGCUACAAGAAGGUUAAGAAAAUCAUCAGGAAAAUCCCUGAAAUAAGGGACCAGGAAUACGAUGUGUACAAUAACAAGGUGAAGAUCAUCGUCGUUUGCGGUAGCCCUGAGAUGAUCCGGGAUAAACUCUGUUACAAGGGUGGAAGCUCGAUUCAGAAGAUAGAAGUAAUUGCUGAAAAGCUGAAGGAUCCGAAGCCUGCUGAUAAACCCAAAGAAAAAGGAGAUCAAGCGCCGCUGGUAGUCAAGAAACCUGAUCCAAAACCGGAGAUGGCAAGAAUGGCGGCUGGGUAUCCACCACCAAAUUACCAUGUGGUCGGAUAUGGAUGCGAGUGUCAUGGUGGAGGCUACGUGGUACCACCACAGCCACCUGGAUACGGGUAUGGGUACGGGUCUGGAUAUGGACAUGUACGUGGAUAUGAUCACGGGUAUAACGGAAAUGCAAGUCGUAAUGAAUACUUUAGUGAAGAAAAUGCACAAGGAUGCUCCGUCAUGUAAAGCGGCGACGUGGAGGUUAUUAGUAGCUAGGUCAUGGCCCAUGGGUAGUUACUACUUAGUGAUGAAAAAAUGAAUAUAUUAUUAUCAGUAUCUAUAGUUUUUUGUUAUUGGUGUCAAAACUAAUUGAAUAUAUGUUUAUUUUUGGUGGAAAUACGAUAAAUGUAAUGUAAUAUCCAUAAUAAAAAACAAAGAUUGGGAUUGGCAACCGAACACAUCAC